AUGGUGCUGGACUUCUCCGAGUCGCGAGAACUCGCAGUGCUCAAGCCCAAUACCCACCAACGUCCACUUGAUCAUACGAGUCUUCGCUGGGCGCUGAGUCACUCGCCGAGUCGCCUGUUAGCCAAGGACCAGGACUUCUGCUAUUUGGAGAUCAUGAAGCCGUACGGGACCGCAGACGGACGACGUGGCUGGGCUAAAGUAUCGCACUCGAUCAAGCACAAGGCGUGUCCGGAGUUUAGGAACGCGCAGGGUCUCGACGUGCACCGAGCCGAGUUGUUUUACUGCGGCCUGUUCUUUGAAGAGACGGACGCCUUGGGCGUACUGAAUGCCACCGUGUACUACAACGUCAAAGGUGACAAGACGCCGUCCGUGUUGAUGCCCAUGGUGCAGAAAUCGCGUGGCAAACGGACGAUCGAGCUGGUGAAUCAUUACCUCAAGAUGUCCAACAUGAUUCUCAAGUCCAGGAAGAUCUCGCUCACACGCGCUCUGCAGCUACAGGGCGAGAAACGUUGUGCUGCCUGUGCGAACUACCUGUCCAUGUGGAGACCCAAAGACAAGUGCGUCAUGUGUGGAUCGGUACGUUUAUUUGUGCGAUAA